UCGACCUAUGUGGAACUGUCUUCACGCGGACAUAUUUGUUUACAAGCGGAGGCAGCUGUUGGAAGCUAACGGCUCCGUUAGCCAAACUUAACACUGCGUUUUCCGUUUGGAUAAAGUUAUAGCUUGUCAGCCAUGGGGAAGUCGUUUGCAAAUUUCAUGUGUAAGAAGGAUUUUCACCCUGCGUCGAAGUCAAACAUCAAAAAGGUAUGGAUAGCAGAGCAGAAACUGAGUUUCGAGAAGAAAAAGCAAGAAGACCUCAUGCAGGCAUAUCUGAAAGAGCAGGAAACUUACAACAACAGGUUGUUGAUGGGGGAUGAUCGUGUUAAAAAUGGCCUCAAUUUCAUGUAUGAGGCUCCACCUGGAGCAUCCAAAGAGGAAAAGAAAGAGGAGGGAGAGGAAGAGUACAAAUUUGAGUGGCAGAAGGGAGCUCCUCGAGAGAAAUAUGCAAAGGAUGACAUGAAUAUUAGAGAUCAGCCAUUUGGGAUCCAGGUGCGCAACGUGAGAUGCAUCAAAUGUCACAAAUGGGGCCAUGUGAACACAGACAGAGAGUGUCCUCUAUAUGGGCUGUCGGGUAUCAAUGCCAGCUCUGUGGCCUCAGAGGAGGCAGCAGGUCCGUCGAUGCACCCCUCAGAGUUAAUGGCAGAGAUGCGAAACAGUGGGUUUGCCCUGAAAAAAUGUGUCCUUGGUAGGAAUGCUACUGUUUGUGAUCCAUCGCAGGAAUAUGUUGCCAGCGAUGAAGAGGACGAUCCUGAGGUGGAAUUUCUGAAGUCAUUAACGACCAAGGAAAAACAGAAACUCCUCAGAAAACUCGAUCGCCAGGAAAAGAAGGAGGCCAAGAAAAAGAAGAGCAAAAAACAGAAAAAGAAAAGCAAAAGAAAACACACAAAGAAGCAUGAAAGCAGUGGCAGCUCCAGUGACUCCUCCAGUAGCAGCAGCAGUGAUAGUGGUUCAGAUUCAGACAGCCAUGGUAAGUUCAAGAGCCAGAAGCGAAAGAAGAACAAGAAAAGAGAUUCCUGUCGGGAUAACAGCUCUAAGAGCGAGCAACGAGUCAAGAGUCAGAGAAAGGCCUCCUCUCACAGGAGCAGGUCACCGAGCCCUCACGCUGGACAGAGGCGGCCUGAAGAGGAGUCCCGAGAUUACAGAGAAAUACGGGCAGAGAGGGGAAGGAGCAGGAGUCGAAAUCGCAGCCUGGAGGACAAGAUCAAGUCGGAGGGAGGUCAAGAGAGAAAGAGACACGCCAGCAGGGACAGGCAGGGACCUAGCAGCUCCAAGUCUGGUUUGGACCGAAGUAGGAGCCGCGAGAGAGGCAGGGAGGACAGAGGUAAAGACAGGCAUCGCAGCAGAGAUGGUGAGAGGAACAGAAGUAGCACAGAUGGAAGGAAAGGCAGAACAGCAGAUGGGAGGAGCAGAAGCAGGGAAAGGGGGAAAGAAAGGGAGGGCAGAGGAAGAAGUAGGAGUAGGAGUAGGGAUAGAAGAGACAGAAGCCAAGAAGGAGCUAAAAGAAAGCACUGAUUGUUUUUAUUUUUAACUUUCUUUUCCCUCAAACAAAGCGUGAAAAUGUUUUUUUCUUUAUUGUUAAGUAGGUCUCUUGAUAAUCCCUCAGAGUCCCUCUAUUUAAAAAUCGUGUAGAUGAAGUGUAGAUGAAGUAUAUGUGGGUCUCUUUCUCUUCCAGUAGAGGGAAGCAGUGGACAGAAAAUGUCUAGCUGCAGCUCAUUGCGCCCGUGUGUUGUCUCGUACGAAAGGGUCUAAAUUAAUUGAUUACCAUUGGAAGCAAUUUGCAGCUAUGAUCUGUUGAUGGGAAAAUGUUGGACUCAUUUUCAUGGUCACUUGGCCGCUUUAAAGACUAUUUCUGUCGCUGCAGUUUUUAUCCUCCUUUCAUUAUUGUGUCUUUUUUUUGAAAAUAUCGACAUUGUAUAAGCUGUGGUGCUUAGACGGCUGUUGACCCCUGAAAAAAUCAGGACUUACAUUUUUUUGAUUAAAUGUUUAAUUCUCUCA